AUGAAGUUUGGUGAGAAACUACAAGAAUUCAUAUAUUUAUUAAGUACAAAUGAUAAAUAUUCCGAAUUUGAUUCAAGAAAAUCUUUUAAUAGAGUUAAUAAACCAGAUUCUGAAAAUUUAUUAAAUUAUUAUCAACAAAAUGAUUCAUCAAUAGAAUCAAAUAAUGCAAGUGGUAAUAGUAGAAAUGGUGUAGAUGGUGUUCAUGAAGUUAAAUUAGCUUGGAGACAUAUUAAAAAUUGGUUAAUUAAAUAUAACCCAGAUUUAAAUCAUUCAUUACAAUCGAAAUGUACAGACUCAGAUUUACAAGAUUUUCAAAAAGAUUUAAAUAUAAAAUUACCAAAUUGUGUUUAUGAAUUUUUUAAAUUAACUGACGGUCAACUGAAUUUUGGUAAUAAUUUACAAAUUGAAACUUGUGGAUUAUUUUUUGGGUUAAAAUUAAUGUCAUUAGAUGAAAUUAUGAUUUCGACUGAAAAUUGGAGAAAAGUUGCCAAAACUUUAAAUAAAGAAAUUAGACAACAAAAUCUAAGUAAGUUAGAUUUAUCAAUACUACCUACUUCCCAUUCAAAUUCAAAUCAAUAUAAAAAAAAAUUAAGUGGAGAUAAUUCUGAAAUUGAAACAUCAUCAGAACCACAAUCAUUUGAUUUAUCUAGGGACAAUUCAAAUGCGUCAUCAAUAUAUGAUUUAUCUAGUCAACCAAAAUUUUUUAAUAUACCCAAACAAAGAUCAAUUCCACCUGGGGCAAUUCAUGAAACUUUUGCUCAUCCAAUGUGGAUCCCUAUUGUAACUGAUGAAGUUGGAAAUUAUAUUGGUAUUGAUUUAUCUCCAGGUCCUUUAGGUAGUUAUGGACAAAUUAUAUUAUUUGGUAGAGAAUUUGAUUUUAAAUUUAAAAUUUCUGAUAAUUGGGGUGAUUUUUUAUUAAUUUUUGCAAAUGAUUUAGAAAUUGGUAAUUGGGAAUUAAAAUAUAAUAAAAAAAAUGCUGAUGGUGAUUUAUUUAUUGGAAAUGAAGGUGAUUUAGUAUUUAUCGAUAAAAUUUCAAAAUUAGAAUUUCCAUAUUUAGAAAUUUUAAAAAGAAGAUCAUUGAAAAAGUGGAUUGAUACAAUUGAUGAUAAUAAAGAAAAUGAAGAACAUGAUAGUAAUAAAUCAAGACUAUUGGAGGAGUUGAAAAAAAAUCAAAUAUCGAUAUUAUCGUUAAAGAAUAAUAAUCGAUCAGUUGAUGAUUUUAUAAAUAAAAAUUUGACAUUAUUAAACAUUGAAGAUAAUAAAAAUGGGAACAUUUCAACAAUAAAAGAGGACAAGGAAACUGAGGAAGGUGUAUAG